AGCGGUAGGAGAGGCCGCGCCGUACGUCCUGGAACUAAGAGUUCAGAAAAUGCCGCUGUAACACAAGAACAGAGUUGAACCUAUAUAAAACCUAGGAGCUUCAAAAUCAGGAUUUCUGAGAAAGAUGUAUAAGGUAGACCUGUCACCAGAUCCCAAGGAGGCAGCAGCUAUUGAGGCUAGAAGAAACCGUGAAAAAGAACGACAAAGCCGAUUCUUCAAUGUGCGGAACCGAAUCAUGGGGGUGGAUGUUGAAGCCUUGAACAGCCAGGUAGAAGAGCGAAAGCUUCGGGAGGCAAGAGAGCAGUGCAAGGAGGCAGCUUAUGCUACCAACCAGGUGCAGUAUGAUCUGGUGGCACAGAUGCUAGAGAAGGAACAGGCAGAACGGACACGUCGGCUGGCCAAGAAAGUCCAAGAAUUUCGGGAGCAAAAGCAGCAGCUCAAGAACAGGCGUGAAUUUGACCUUUGGGAUCCAGAACGACUCUGGAAGGAAUUUCCAGCCCGUCUCAGUGACAAUGAUCCUAAAUGUGGCCCAGCCAGCCUGCAGUGCUUCUCUGGCGAGGACCUAGACAGGGCCAUGCGCCUGACAACGCAGCAGGAGCAGUUCAGGUAUAGCCUGGAGAGGCAGCUGCAGGAUCAACAGCAAGCCAGGGUUGAUGAGAAGUGUGCAGAUAUGCUCAAUGACCAACUGCGCCUAGCCAUGGACAUGCAGGCAACUCAGUUAGCCAAGCUGGAAGAGUCCUGUCGCAUGGCCAUGAUGUCUGCCGUGGCCAAUGCCAACAAAGCCCAGGUAGCUGAGCUGGCUGAGCAGCAGCGCCAUAAGCAUCAGCGUGAACAAGAGGCCAACCUCAUGGAGAUCCAGAACCAGAUCACAAGUGACUUCCUGACUGAGAACCCUCAGGUCGCCCAACACCCUAUGGUUCCCCACCGGGUCCUGCCCUACUGUUGGAAGGGCAUGACUCCAGAGCAGCGAGCUGCUAUCAGGAAAGUCCAGGAGGCUCAGCGCCUUGAGAAGGAGGCACAACGCCAGGCAGACCAAGCGCUGGAUACUGAAUGGGAAAGCCAGACCCUGCGCUCAGCCCAGGCAGCGCUGGAGCUAGAAGAGCAGGAAAGGGAAUUGUGUGCUGAAUUUCGGAGGGGGCUAGGCUCCUUCAACCAGCAGCUGGCUAAGGAGCAAAAAGCCCAGCAGAAUUACCUGAAUUCGAUAAUCUACACAAAUCAACCUACAGCCCAAUAUUACCUACAGUUCAACACCAGCAGCCGCUGAGCUCCAGGAUGGUUCUCUCUCCUUUCUCCCCCAAUGAGCUCACAGAUGACUAGAGGUCAAAGGAGGAAAAUGUAUGCUGCACACCCCUACUUUAUACCCUAGGUAAUAAACUUAUUCACCAAAAUCAGGCCAUGUGUUGUAACAAGAUACAAAGAGCAUGAGGUACUACCUUUU